AGACUUUUCUGGAGCCACAAUUUCCGCAGACCUGAAGUUUCCUACCAAAGCACCGCACCGAAACUUUCUUAGAUUUGCACAUAUUUCAAUCUAGUUCAUCGCCAUAACAGUGACACUGACAAGACAAGAUGAGAAACAGGGGAUGGUUCCUUGUACUGAUUUUAUACGCAUCAGUCUUCGUCUUCCAGAAACCGACUGCAAAACCAGAGGCAAGUGGCGAGCUUCUUCACAUCGUGUACCUCGGAGAGAAGAAGCAACAUCAUGAUCUUCUCGCUACUAUAUUGGGAAGCAAGAAAAAGGCCUCGAAAGCGACAGUGUACAGUUAUAAACAUGCGUUUUCUGGGUUCGCGGCCAAGCUCACCAAGUCUCAGGCUCAUCAGCUCGCUGAGAUUCCUGGGGUGCUUCGAGUUCUUCCAAAUGUUCUCUAUGAUCUCCAUACUACCAGAAGUUGGGAUUUCCUCGGAGUUUCCCCUUCUCCAUAUUCCCCGAAUCUUCUGCACAGCAGUAAUUUGGGUGAUGGCAUAAUCAUCGGAAUCAUCGAUUCAGGGAUUUGGCCGGAAUCGGAGGCUUUCAAUGACGACGGAUUGGGGCCGGUGCCACGGCGGUGGAGAGGCACCUGUAAAUCUGGAGAGAAAUUCAAUGCCUCAAGAAACUGCAAUAGAAAAAUCAUAGGAGCCCGUUGGUACGUGGAUGGGUUCAAAGCAGAAUUCGGCGAAUUCAACAGAUCCUCAGCCACAGAAUUUAUUUCCCCAAGAGAUUCAAACGGACACGGAACUCAGACGGCGAGCACCGCCGCCGGCUCUUUCGUGAGCAACGUUAGCUACAGAGGCCUGGCCGGCGGGACUCUGAGGGGCGGCGCACCGCGGGCGCGGUUGGCCAUGUACAAAGCCUGUUGGAGUCUGCCCAGCGGCGGCGGCCAGUGCGCGGCGGCGGACGUCCUGAAGGCGCUGGACGACGCCGUUCAGGACAGAGUGGACGUUCUGUCUCUGUCGCUGGGGAAAAGCGUUCCUCUGUUUCCGGAAGUGGAUGAAGAGAACGUGGUCGCAAUUGGGUCCUUUCAUGCCAUAUCGAGGAACAUUCCGGUGGUCUGUUCCGCCGGAAAUGACGGGCCAUCUUCGGAGACGGUGCUGAACACUUCGCCAUGGAUCUUGAAUGUUGCAGCCAGCUCCAUGGACAGAACUUUUCUGGCAACCAUUGUUCUGGGAAAUAACAACACUUUUCUCGUAGGAUUAAUAUGGCCUUACUUGUUGCAGGGGCAGACUCUGUUCUCCGGGGAGGAGAUUGGAUACAGUGGCUUGGUAUACCCAGGAUCGGGGUUGCGGCAAGAAGUUGCAGGCCUCUGCGAAUUGGUGCCAUUAGUGAAUGGCAGCAAAUGGAUGGCUGGAAAAGUGGUGCUCUGCUUCAGCAGAGCGGUGGCGAUGAAUCCAAUAGCGAUAUCGAGAGCGGCGGAGGCAGUGAAAGCAGGAAACGGCGUGGGGCUGAUCGUGGCGAGGCAUCCUGAUGAUAUCUGGUUCGCAUGUGCCGACGAUUUCCCCUGUUUUCUAGUCGAUUUGGAGAUUGGGUCCAAGAUUUUCUAUUACAUCCGAGCCACCAGUUCUCCUUUGGUGAGAUUGGGCCGUUCGAGAACCAUCACGGGCAACCCCAUUUCCGCACACAUUGCAUAUUUCUCAUCCAGAGGUCCCAACUCUGUUGCACCAGCCAUUCUCAAGCCGGAUGUAGCCGCACCUGGAGUGGCAAUAUUAGCAGCCACUUCUCCACUCGACCCAACAAAUGAUAGAGGUUUCACCAUACAAACUGGAACUUCCAUAGCAACGCCUCAUGUCUCAGCCAUUGUGGCUCUUCUCAAAUCACUUCAUCCCACUUGGUCCCCUGCUGCCAUUAAAUCAGCCAUCGUCACAACUGCAUGGAACACCCACUCUUCGUCUGGCGUCCCGAUUCUCACCGAGGGAUCUCCUUGGAAGCGUGGGGAUCCGUUCGACUACGGAGGAGGAAUAGUAAACCCAAACGCAGCUGCAAACCCAGGACUGAUAUACGAUAUGGCCACAGCCGAUUACAUCUCCUACUUCUGCUCAAUGGGUUACAACAACUCAGCCAUCUCUGUUCUAACACAGGACAAAACAGAGUGCCCAACACAAGACCAAAUUUCUAUAUUGGAUUUAAACUUACCCUCCAUUACAGUUCCAGCGCUAAGUAACUGGAACACUGUUACAAGAACUGUCACUAAUGUUGGAAACUUGACAUCCGUUUAUAGAGUUGUGAUCGACCCUCCAAUUGGAACGAGGGUAGAAGUGGAGCCUCCUGUUUUGGCCUUCAACGCUACGGUCAGGAAGUUGUCGUUCAAGGUUACCAUUUGGAGCCUUCUUGAGAUGGACUAUGGAUUUUCUUUUGGAAGCAUAAUUUGGAGUGAUGGGGUGCAUCUUGUUCAAAGUCCCUUGUCAGUAAGAAUUCAAAUUCAAAGUCCCUUUCAUCUGUAUUAGAGCCUUACACAAUAUACACACACAAUCUUCUGCCAAUAAUGUAUAUUUCAAUAAUGGUAUGACAUACAUUCCAAACUAAAUAACUAAAUAGUCAAUGAUAUUGUUUGAUGGUCGUAUCCUAAACAAAA